AUGGUGCGAUGCGACCGCGGGCUGCAGAUGCUGCUGACCACGGCCGGCGCCUUCGCCGCCUUCUCGCUCAUGGCCAUCGCCAUCGGCACCGACUACUGGCUCUACUCCAGCGCGCACAUCUGCAACGGCACCAACCUGACCAUGGACGACGGGCCCGCGCCCCGCCGCCCCCGCGGCGACCUCACCCACUCGGGGCUGUGGCGGGUGUGCUGCAUCGAAGGGACCCACAAAGGGCACUGCUUCCGCAUCAACCACUUCCCAGAGGACAACGAUUACGACCACGACAGCUCCGAGCAUCUCCUCCGCAUCGUGCGCGCCUCCAGCGUCUUCCCCAUCCUCAGCACCAUCCUGCUCCUGCUGGGCGGGCUCUGCAUCGGCGCCGGGAGGUUCUACAGCCGCAAGAACAACAUCGUCCUCAGCGCCGGCAUCCUCUUUGUGGCCGCAGGCCUCAGCAACAUCAUCGGCAUCAUCGUCUACAUCUCCAGCAACACGGGCGACCCCGGCGACAAGCGCGACGAGGACAAGAAGAACCACUACAACUACGGCUGGUCCUUCUACUUCGGGGCCCUGUCUUUCAUCGUGGCCGAGACCGUGGGCGUCCUGGCCGUGAACAUCUACAUCGAGAGGAACAAGGAGCUGAGGGUUAAGAGCAGGCGCGAGCUCCUCAGGGCGCCCGCCGCCUCGCCCUACGCCAGGAUGCCCAGCUACCGGCACCGGCGCCGGCGCUCGCGGUCCAGCUCCAGGUCCACCGAGGCCUCGCCGUCGCGGGACGCGUCUCCGCUGGGGCUGAAGAUCGCCGGCGCCAUCCCCAUGGGCGAGCUGUCCAUGUACACGCUGUCGCGGGAGCCGCUCAAGGUGACCGCGGCCGCCGGCUACAGCCCGGCCCGGGAGGCGGGCUUCCUCCAGGGGCACGACUUCUUCCCGCCGGACCUGCGCGAGGGCGCGCACGCGGGGCUGCUGACCCGGCGGACCACGCCCGUGUGA